CUUUUCAAGAUGGCGGUCGGCGGACGCCGCUCUCGGGCUCGCGCACCUCCCCAAGAUGGCGGCGCCCGAGGCCUGGCGCGCCCGGAGUUGCUGGUUCUGUGAGGUAGCGGCGGCAACGACCAUGGAGGCCACGUCCCGGGAGGCGGCGCCAGCGAAGAGCUCGGCCUCGGGCCCCAGCGCUCCCCCCGCCCUGUUCGAGCUGUGCGGGCGGGCGGUGAGCGCCCAUAUGGGGGUUCUGGAGAGCGGGGUGUGGGCUCUCCCUGGCCCAAUACUUCAAAGCAUCUUACCUCUGCUUAAUAUAUAUUACUUGGAGAGGAUUGAGGAAACUGCCCUCAAGAAAGGCCUCUCCACUCAGGCCAUCUGGCGCCGACUAUGGGAUGAGCUGAUGAAGACAAGGCCUUCCAGUCUGGAAAGUGUGACCUGUUGGCGAGCCAAGUUUAUGGAAGCCUUUUUCUCCCAUGUCUUGCGUGGGACCAUCGAUGUGUCUUCUGACAGACGUCUUUGCGACCAGCGAUUCUCACCUCUUCUGCACAGCUCCCGCCAUGUCCGGCAGCUCACCAUCUGCAACAUGCUGCAGGGUGCAACCGAGCUGGUGGCUGAGCCCAACCGUAGGGUUCUGGAGACCCUCGCCAGUUCCUUGCACACCCUCAAGUUCCGCCACCUGCUGUUCUCUGAUGUGGCGGCUCAGCAGUCGCUCAGGCAGCUGUUGCAUCAGCUCAUUCACCAUGGGGCUGUCAGCCAAGUGUCGCUGUACUCCUGGCCUGUGCCAGAGUCCGCUCUUUUCAUCCUUAUCCUCACCAUGAGUGCUGGUUUCUGGCAGCCAGGCCCUGGUGGGCCACCCUGUCGCCUCUGCGGAGAGGCCUCUCGAGGCCGGGCCCCAUCCCGGGAGGAAGGUUCCCUCUUGCUGGGUUCCCGCCGGCCUCGCCGGGAUGCUGCUGAGCGAUGCGCUGCAGCCCUGAUGGCCACUCGAAGGAAGAGUGAAGCCAAGCAGAUGCUCAGAGCUGCACCUGCCACUAGAGUAACACGCCGGAGCACACAGGAGAGCCUGACAGCAGGCGGGACAGAACCUAAGAAGGAGCUGCACCCUCCAGCCACUUCCGAGGCUCCUGGCACCAAGCGACCACCCACUGCUCCAGCUGCCACCUCCUCUGCCUCUGCCUCCUCUUCCACAUCUUCAUCCAAACGGGCUCCAGCCAGCUCGGCACCGCAGCCCAAGCCCUUAAAGCGUUUCAAGCGAGCUGCAGGGAAGAAGGGUGCUCGCACCCGCCAAGGGUCAGGUGCAGAGUCUGAAGACCUGUAUGACUUUGUUUUUAUUGUGGCUGGUGAGAAGGAGGAUGGUGAGGAGAUGGAGAUUGGGGAAGUGGCUUGUGGAGCUUUGGAUGGAUCAGAUCCCAGCUGCCUGGGGCUUCCAGCACUAGAGGCCUCACAACGAUUCCGCAGCAUCUCCACCUUGGAGCUAUUCACAGUUCCGCUCUCCACGGAGGCAGCUCUGACACUAUGCCACCUGCUGAGCUCCUGGGUGUCUCUGGAGAGCCUCACUCUCUCCUACAAUGGCCUGGGUUCUAACAUCUUCCGCCUGCUGGACAGCCUGAGGGCCUUGUCAGGCCAGGCUGGAUGUCGCCUCCGGGCCCUGCAUCUCAGUGACCUGUUCUCACCACUGCCCAUCCUGGAGCUGACACGUGCCAUUGUGCGAGCCCUGCCCCUGCUGCGGGUCCUCUCUAUUCGUGUGGACCACCCCAGCCAGCGGGAGAACCCUGCUGUACCAGGGAAUGCUGGGCCCCCUAGCCACAUAAUUGGGGAUGAGGAGAUACCAGAAAACUGCCUGGAGCAGUUGGAGAUGGGAUUUCCACGAGGAGCUCAGCCAGCUCCACUGCUCUGCUCCGUGCUGAAGGCCUCAGGUUCUCUGCAGCAGCUGUCCCUGGACAGCGCCACCUUUGCCUCACCCCAGGAUUUUGGGCUUGUGUUGCAGACCCUCAAAGAGUACAACCUAGCCCUGAAGAGGCUGAGCUUCCAUGACAUGAAUCUGGCCGACUGUCAGGGUGAGGUGCUGUUUUUGCUACAGAAUCUGACUCUUCAAGAGAUUACCUUCUCCUUCUGCCGUCUGUUUGAGAAGCGCCCAGCACAAUUUCUGCCUGAGAUGGUUGCUGCUAUGAAGGGCAACUCCACACUGAAGGGCCUUCGGCUGCCAGGGAACCGCCUGGGAAAUGCUGGCCUUCUGGCCCUGGCAGAUGUUUUCUCAGAGGACUCAUCCUCCUCUCUCUGUCAGCUGGACAUCAGUUCCAACUGCAUCAAGCCAGAUGGGCUUCUCGAGUUUGCCAAGCGGCUGGAGCGCUGGGGCCGUGGAGCCUUUGGUCACCUGCGCCUCUUCCAGAACUGGUUGGACCAGGAUGCAGUCACAGCCAGGGAAGCCAUCCGGCGGCUCCGGGCCACCUGUCAUGUGGUCAGCGACUCGUGGGACUCAUCCCAGGCCUUCGCAGAUUAUGUCAGCACCAUGUGAUGGGGGCCCGUACCUCACAGGCCCAUGCUCAGUACCAUCAGCUUGCAGGGGCUGAGCCAUGGGCUGCCCAGAAUCCCCAACCACCAAUUCUGUCUUUCUCUUUCUGCCGCCUUUUUCCUCUGUUUUCCAUCUCCCCUUGUACUGAGGUCCUGGAGGCCUGGAUGGAGCCCAGCAAAGGCAUGUCCACAGCUGAGUGUAGAGCCUUUGGGCCCCGUACUCAGCACCCCGGGAACCCCAGGCCAGGAGGUCACAGUGGUCAUCAGUCACUGAGGACAGUCUCUUCCCCUGCCCCGGGGUUCCUGCCUCCCCUCAAGCAGGUCCCAGGCUUUAGAGAAAUGUAGGAGUGCCCACCACCAGGCCUCUUCCCCUGCUGGGCUCACCACACUGCUCCCAGGCCUCGGUCCCUUUCAUACCUUUAUUCCUUUCUUUUUUUUAACCAAAAGUUUUUCUUAUAAAAUAAAUUUUGGGCAAACAUCAUGUA